CGCAGCCAAUGUGACCAUCAUACAUGGAGGCUGUUUGAAAUUGAGCGGUGCUGCAAUUUAAAAUCUUCUAAAACUUUAAUGUAACGUUAAAUAACCAGAUCUCUUUGCUCAGAACGGUCCCCAUGGACAGCGGUGUUGAUGGUGCUGAGCCGGAAGAAAAUGAGAGAUCGUCACCUCCAGCCGGGCUCCAGUCUCCUCAUAUGGAUCGCAACCCGUCGCCACCCCCGGACCAAGCUGAUGGAGACGAGGGAGAAGAUCUGGAUGCCAUCGGAGACACCGUUUACAGCAAGCACUGGCUUUUCAGCACGCUGACUCGACUCAUUCAGAUGGUUACAGAGCAUUCAGAAGAGAACUCAGAAGAUCAGAUGCAGCUCUCUGACGAUGAGGAAGAAGAUCUUUGCAAAGUUUGGGAUAUGGCCAUGGAUAAGGACGUGGCGGGUUUCCUACAAGAAUUCAAAGCUGCUGAUAUCCUUCUUGGAGUCAUAGCCAAAUCUCGCUGCCCACGUCUUACAGAAAUUUGUGUAGGAAUCCUUGGGAAUAUUGCUUGUUUUCCGGACACAUGUGCGACUCUCAGCCAAAACGAGGAUUUGGGUGCUGUGCUGUUGCUUCUUCUGGGAGAUGCUGAUCCCCCAACCCUUCUAGAAACCAGCAGACUGCUAUUGACCUGUUUGUCUCAAAAAGACUUCUGUUCCCUGUGGCUUCAGCGAAUACAACAGCAGACAUCUGUGUGCUCCAGCCUCUGUUUCAUCAUGAGCAGUUCUAUUAACACUGAUCUGCUGGAGAAGGUGGGAGAGCUGAUCGACAAACUGUUUGACCUUGAUGAAGAAUUAAUGAAGUGCUGGAUCACAUCUCAGCCGAGUGAUGAGAAGGAGCGAGAUGGGGAUAUCAAUCUGGAUUUGAGCUUGUGUCUCCUUGAGGCAGCAAAGCAGCUCAGGUCUGAGAGUCCCAAUGGUCUGGAGGUUUAUCUUCACAUCUUCCAACUUCUCACCACUGUAGAGGAGGGCAUUCAGGUUUUUGCGGCACCUGAUGGACCUGGCAAACCACUGUGGGAGUUUGUUAGUGACGUUGUGUGCGAGGACCUCUGUCAGCCAAAUGAUCUUCCGGUUGUCCUGCAUGAGCAGAAAAGCAUUUUAAUUCAGGCGCUGUCUGUGCUGCAGGCUCUUUAUAGAUGCCAGAAUCUGUGGUGCAGCAGAAACGACACCAGUCUGUCUCUGAUUGGGUCAGUCUUUCGGGUGUGCCAGCAUCAAAGCGAGUCCAAAAGGGAAGAUUCCAACAAAGACGAAGCAAAUGAUGACCAGCUGCAGACUCUUGCAGAGAUUACCUCAGAGUUUCUAGCUGACAUUUGCCUUAAUAUUACAAAGGACACGGUAGCAGAUUUAAUAAAGAAUGACAACCUGACACAGAAAACCUGUCAAGCAGCUGCAGCCUGUUUGCUUCCCAAUUUUAAGACUUCUUUUCAGCACCUGCAGGCUGCGUUGUCAGAGGCUGAUCCUCAACUGGCAGACAUGAUGAGGACACAGUUUCCUGUCUGAGGCUCCUGCUGAUCAGUGUUAGCUCUCACUCAGUCUCCUGCUGCUUUUUAUAGCAGCUAGUCUUUCCUCUCCAAAUAUUUGUAUUUCCAUGCGAUAGACAUUAUCAUUAAUGGUAAACUUUAUCAUUUCUUUUGAUAACUUGAUCUAUGAUUUGCUUAUCUUGGCAAAAUUAAAGAUCUGUACGUGCUUUACA